AUACGCAAAUUCAAGAUACACGAAGAAAGGAUUUGUCGUAUUUAAAAGGCGUGGAUCCAGAUCGUUUCUGCUGGUGGAGAGAGAGAGAGAUUCACGAUGCCGGAAAUAUCUCCGGCUGAGCUCGCCAGGGUUUCUUCGUCUUCUUCUUCAUCAUCUUCCUCAAGUUCCGGCCGAGCGUCGGUGAAAAUCGAGGAGAUUGAAAGCGGCGGUGCUGCUGGCGUCGUCAUUGGCUCUGAAGAACUUGAGACCCAUCCCAAAACUGUUGUUGCCUCCAUUGCUGAUGAAACUGUGGCUGAAGAUACCAAUCCCAAAACUGUUGUUGCCUCCAUUGCUGAUGAAACUGUGGCUGAAGAUACCAAUCCCAAAACUGUUGUUGCCUCCAUUGCUGAUGAAACUGUGGCUGAAGAUACCAAUCCCAAAACUGUUGUUGCCUCCAUUGCUGAUGAAACUGUGGCUGAAUCUUCAGCUUCUGGCAAUAAAAGCUUUUCUCGAGUAUGGACAAUGCCAUUGGAGGGUUCAUCGAGUAGUGAUAGGGCUGAAUCAUCAUCAACAAACCAACCUAGGUUAGAUAAAUCAAAGACUGAGAGGCAGCAAAAAGUUACUCACAUUCUUGCUGAGGAUGCUGCUAAGAUUUUCGAUGACAAAAUCUCUGCAGGGAAGAAGCUUAAAUUGCUGAACCGUAUAGCUACUGUGAAACAUGAUGGGACAGUUGAAUUUGAAGUUCCAGCAGAUGCUAUCCCCCAACCUAUUGUUGUUGACCGUGAAGAAUCCAAAAACGGUGUUUGCGCUGAUGAGUCUAUUGAUGGGGUUGACCUUCAGUAUAUCCCUCCUAUGCAAAUCGUGAUGUUAAUUGUUGGAACACGCGGUGAUGUUCAACCUUUUGUUGCAAUAGCCAAACGGCUUCAGGAUUAUGGGCAUCGAGUUCGACUUGCAACUCAUGCAAAUUUUAAAGAGUUUGUUUUGACUGCUGGAUUGGAGUUCUAUCCUUUAGGUGGAGAUCCAAAAGUGCUCGCCGGUUAUAUGGUUAAGAACAAGGGAUUUUUGCCAUCAGGCCCUUCAGAGAUUCCAAUUCAACGAAACCAAAUGAAGGACAUUAUAUAUUCCCUACUUCCAGCAUGCAAAGAACCUGAUCCAGAUUCUGGGAUUUCCUUUAAAGCUGAUGCAAUUAUUGCCAACCCUCCAGCAUAUGGACAUACCCAUGUGGCAGAAGCUCUGAAGAUACCGAUUCACGUAUUUUUCACCAUGCCAUGGACGCCAACAAGUGAAUUUCCUCACCCAUUAUCACGUGUCAAACAACCAGCGGGAUACAGGCUUUCGUAUCAAAUCGUCGACUCAUUGAUAUGGCUUGGAAUAAGAGAUAUGGUAAAUGACCUUAGGAAAAAGAAAUUGAAACUACGGCCUGUUACAUAUCUAAGUGGAACACAAGGAUCUGGAUCUAAUAUCCCACAUGGAUAUAUGUGGAGUCCUCACCUUGUCCCAAAGCCAAAAGACUGGGGGCCUCAAAUUGAUGUAGUGGGAUUUUGCUUUCUUGAUCUUGCAUCCAACUAUGAACCUCCUGCAGAGCUUGUGGAAUGGCUAGAAGCUGGUGACAAGCCCAUAUAUAUCGGCUUUGGUAGUCUCCCUGUGCAAGAACCAGAGAAAAUGACAGAAAUCAUUGUAGAAGCACUUCAAAGAACUAAACAGAGAGGAAUCAUCAACAAAGGCUGGGGUGGCCUUGGAAACUUGAAAGAACCGAAGGACUUCGUUUACUUGUUGGAUAAUGUCCCACAUGACUGGCUAUUCCCGAGAUGCAAGGCUGUGGUUCAUCAUGGUGGUGCUGGAACAACUGCUGCAGGUCUUAAAGCCUCGUGCCCAACUACAAUCGUGCCUUUCUUUGGAGACCAACCUUUUUGGGGAGAACGAGUGCAUGCUAGAGGUGUAGGUCCUGCACCAAUCCCAGUGGAUGAAUUCUCACUUCAUAAGCUUGAAGAUGCCAUAAAUUUCAUGCUCGACGAUAAGGUGAAGAGCAGUGCAGAGACGCUAGCAAAAGCGAUGAAGGACGAAGAUGGUGUGGCUGGAGCCGUGAAGGCCUUCUUUAAACAUCUUCCAAGUGCGAAACAGAAUCUUCCGGAUCAGAUCCCAGAACCUUCUGGAUUUCUCUCUUUCAGAAAAUGCUUUGGCUCCAUAACAAUGGCUGUCACAACACUUAUUCUCUUUGCUUCUGCAUUACUUCUAACAACUCUCUUUAUCGGCGUUAAUUCAUCCAGGUCCAAUGAAACAUGGCAUGAACAUGCAGUUGAGAACCCAGACGAAGUAGCUGCCAUGGUGGACAUGAGCAUUCGAAACAGCACAGAGCGGCGAAGAUUAGGUUACUUCUCCUGCGCCACCGGCAAUCCAAUCGACGAUUGCUGGCGUUGCGACCGCAAAUGGCAGCUCCGUCGCAAACGUUUAGCCGACUGCUCUAUCGGAUUUGGCCGCAACGCAAUCGGAGGCCGCGACGGUCGUUUCUACGUCGUAACCGACCCAGGAGACGACAAUCCGGUUAAUCCGAUUCCGGGAACACUCCGUCACGCCGUGAUCCAAGACGAGCCACUCUGGAUCAUCUUCAAACGCGACAUGGUCAUAACCUUGAAGCAAGAGCUGAUCAUGAACAGCUUCAAAACCAUCGAUGGUCGUGGUGUCAAUGUUCACAUCGCUAAUGGAGCUUGUCUCACGAUUCAAUACGUUACGAACAUUAUUGUCCAUGGGAUUCAUAUUCAUGACUGUGUACCUACUGGUAAUGCUAUGGUUAGAAGCUCUCCGUCGCAUUAUGGGUUUAGAUCGAUGGCUGAUGGUGACGCCAUCUCGAUUUUUGGGUCGAGUCAUAUCUGGAUUGAUCACAAUUCGCUUUCUAAUUGUGCUGAUGGGCUUGUUGACGCUGUUAUGAGCUCCACCGCCAUUACUGUCUCAAACAAUUUCUUCACCCACCACAAUGAGGUUAUGUUGUUGGGGCAUAGUGACUCAUACACAAGAGACAAGGUGAUGCAAGUCACAAUUGCUUACAACCAUUUUGGUGAAGGUUUAAUCCAGAGAAUGCCAAGGUGUAGGCAUGGAUAUUUUCAUGUAGUUAACAAUGACUACACGCAUUGGGAAAUGUAUGCAAUUGGUGGUAGUGCUGGUCCCACCAUCAACAGUCAGGGCAAUCGAUUUCUUGCUCCAACAAACCCAUUUGCUAAGGAGGUGACUAAGAGAGAGUACACAGGAGAAUCGAAAUGGAAGCACUGGAAUUGGAGAUCAGAAGGAGAUCUUUUCUUAAACGGAGCAUUUUUCACACGUUCUGGAGCUGGAGCUGGAUCCAACUAUGCCAGAGCUUCGAGUUUAUCAGCCAAAUCAUCCUCACUCGUUGGCACCAUGACCUCUUACUCAGGUGCUCUUAACUGCAGAGCUGGUCGUCGAUGUUAAUUGAUCAAGAAUCAGGAAGUAGUCGACAAGUUU